AUGAACGCAAAGACGUCUGUGGAUGUGCAAUACCCGGACAACACUCCCGCCGAGAACGUACCGCUGCGUGUCGAGGCCAUAGCGAUGACGAUGAGUGGACAGCGCAGCCUGGUGGAACUAACGGGAAACACCGACGACGACGGCGUCUUCUCGAUAUUCAUCGAUGCGCCGGCCAGCGAGGCCGCCAGCACCAUGAUCGUCAAGGUCAAAUCUGCGAACCCGGACCUGCGGGCCGAUCAGCAGGCGGAGACCGAGCUGGAGAUACUUCCGUACGAGUCCACCAGCCGGCACUACCUGUGGCUGGAGAACCCCCAGGUGGCGCUCAAGGUCGGACAGCUGUACAGCAUAGACAUGCGCGUCGGCGGUGACGUCAGCGAUGCGGAUCUCUCCCGGAACAUCCGAUAUCUGAUCAUCACUAAGAGGGCAGGGUUGAUUGCAUCAGGGACUGGUUACGACGGCGAGCGAGGCUCAUCUCGUGUUCCUCGUCAGUCCGGACAUGGUGCCCAGCUGUCGCAUCAUCGCCUACUUUACCGUCGGCACGACCGUCGUUCGCACUCCCUGCAAUCUGACCGUACAGAACAAGUGCCAGCACGAGAGCGAGCUUACUGA